AUGCCAGACCAUCCAUCAUGGCGCCUCCUUCCGGCCGCCGCCCAUGGUAUCCCGAGCCUCCUUGUCUCCACAGUCUUCACAGCCGAGUCGUACAAUAUACACCUCACCGAUCUCGCCAACGUCUGGGUUGAGUGCAUGGAUAGAAAGCCCAUCGUCAAGAGAGGACUUGUGGAGGACACGAGCAUCGAUCCUACUGACGGGCCUGACCAAAUCCGAAAGAUGCUAGAGCUCCUCCGGGCCGCCUUUGACGUGAGCGACCCCGAUCAUGCAAGCACAUCCUUGAGCUUGAGCCUGGCAAAGGACGGCGACGAUAGUUCCCUUGUCAUCCACAUCACCUGCAUUCUACCAAAGCCUCUAAAGCCGUUUCGAUGGCCAAUGCACCUGAAAAAAUGUCCUCAGUCGACUCUGGCCACAGAGCUAAUGCUGCCCCUGGUAGAAGUGCACCUAACUCGGAUGCGACAGAUAGAAGACCUUGUUUCUGUCCUUCGGGAGAAAGAUAGCAUCAUCACUAGGCUGAUCGACAAGCUCGAGGCAACCGGGACAGGACUUGAACAUGUCUUCAACUCGCUCUCGGGCAAGCGCAAGGUCACCAGAGCAGCAGCCGAAGGGAAGAUCAAGGGCCUUGCCCCAUUUGUUGAAGCCGAUCUUAGGAACGGACCUGCGAUACAGAGUGCGCUGGCUGGGCUAUCCGAUGUGACUACGCUCCUCAAAAGCGUCUUUGGUGCCGCAGGCUUGGAGUACAGGCAAGACAUGGAACUGGAAGCCUCGCCCAUGCUUGACGACUGGUGGACGAAACUGGGAAAAGGCCAACAGCUUGUUCUCGCUGAGCGCUCGAAGGAGGAGGAUCGUGAAACGCCGCCGUCAUUGCAGCCAACUAAGACCAAUGAUAACCGCGAAGGGGACGAUUUCCAGGUCCAGGCCACCCCGCCUGGCUUGGCCGCUCGGAAACGCCCUGCCAACACACGACCCGAGCCGCUUGCCGGCGACGAGACGUCAGACGGUGACGAGACAUCAGAAGGCGAUGGAACUGUCGAGAUCCCGAAAAGCCUGCCUUCACACAAUGAUAGAAUGGCUGGCAAAAAGGCCCCAAGCGCUGAGCCAGUCACACAUAUGGACGGUACAAGUGACGAUGACAGGGGCAGAAAGAAGAGCGCUGCGGCUCCACGAAAUAAGCCCGAGACACUCCGCGAAACCUCGCAAGAGCGAGCGGACCGGAAGCGAGCGGAACUGCAAAAAGAUUUGGAAAAGAGGGCGGCGGCUGGCCCUGCAAAGAAGAAGCGAAAGUUCUAG